UAGGGGUCAGAGGUCAGCGGGCGAGCAGGCAGACCGUGGGCCAUGGCGUCCGGGGCCCUGACGGUGCCCCUCAUCGCGCUCAGCGUCUUCUGGGGGGUGGUCGGCGCCGCCCUGCCCUGGGUCGUCCCCAAGGGACCCAACCGAGGUGUCAUCAACACCAUGCUGGUGACCUCUGCCGUCUGCUGCUACCUCUUCUGGCUGAUUGCAAUCCUGGCCCAGCUCAAUCCUCUCUUUGGACCCCAGUUGAAGAAUGAAACCAUCUGGUAUCUCCAGUAUCACUGGCCUUGAGGAGGAGGGAGGAGGACGGCCUCCCGGGCUCACAGUGAACUAGGGAAGGUCGACCCUCUACCUGCGAGAGGACCAGAGACUGCCUUAACCCGUCUGCCUUAAACGUAGUAUUCAACUGGAAAUGCCUUACUAAAAUAGUCCACUGUUUUCUCCUUUCUACGUUUACACUUUCAGAGUGCCUCAUCUGUUUAAACUGUGCCAAAUACAGUGUGUGUGUGUUUGUGUGUACCUGUACUUUCCUCUGCAGGAAAAGGGGGGCUUCUUUGGGUGACUUGUCAGAGUGUGCCCCUUUUGCCCACAGAGCUCUGAGAACCAGCCCAUGUUCUCUUCUCUCCCUCCCCUGUUUGGAGUGUGAUGGGCACGGCUCCUGCCCACAGGAGACUUCCAGCCAUCCACCCCACGGCAGCCCUGGGGUCGGGGCAGCAGACGGGGAGGAAGGGUUGGGAGCCAUUUCUCUGUAACAGGAGUGGACUUUUCCCCCAAACAGUAUUUUCAAAAGGAUUUUGAUCUUCUAAUUUCUGCCUUCACAUUUUAAGAAUAAAAGAUGUUUCUGCUUUCUCUGGA